AUUCGCUCGCAAUGGGAAUGGGGACGAUAGGGCAUUGAGUGGGGCCCACUUACUACAAGUUACAUGUUGCGUGCUGCAAAAACAAGUGGUUUCGUUUGCGCCACCAACUUUUUGUGUCAAAAGUACUAGCUACGAGUACGAGAAGCUCCACUCUACUCCACCAAAGAAAAAUAACUACAAAUGACGAUGAAUAAAAGUCCGACCUGCAAGGGCUCCUGGAUGGCGAGGUCUACUACGAGGACCUCCGUACAGUUGCGGACAACGCCCCUUUCCACUAUGGUGCCGUUGUUCCUGUUCUUUUUCAUCCCAGCGAGAUUUUCAGGAAGUGUCAAUGCCCUGCUGCAACGGGAGCGUGUAGUUGAGACCACGAGGGCCGCAAGGUACGCGCCUUUCGCUCCCGGCGCGCAGGGAAAAAUAGAAGGUGAUGAAGUUGGAAGCACAGAGGCGCAGCGCGACGAAUUUGAUGAGAGAUCGCGACCGGAUCUUCAUUCGCAUUCCGCUUCCGACCAGCACUACAGCCUCCCAGCGCUUCACAGUCUGAGCUUUCGAGGCAUCAAGAACCUCGGGCAUAGGCUUCUGCAGCGCGAAACGAGGAUUUUUCAGGUAGCAAAUUGUUGAAACUGCUCGUAGUUCGUUGUUGAAAUGCCUUUGCAAAAAGAACGGCGCAUAAGUACUUUAUCAUGUUAAGUCGUCGCGCUCUAUGCAUUUUUUCGAAAUGUCUGACGGUGACGACACGAUUAUUUAUUUUACACAGUCCAUCUUUUCCCCGUCCUCUAGCGACAACGAGGAGGCACCAGCGGAGCAGCCGAGGAGAGAGCAGGAUGUGGCAUCGUCAACACCAAGCAUGCUGCUGCACGAACAGAGUAAAGACACGACAAGUCUUCAGGGCGAGUUGUACCACCAACAAAAGGUAAAGGACCAGCAAAUAAAUAAGGUUAUACAACAGGAAUACCAGGUUUCCGACCGCAUAGUUUCGACGUCCUCUGCCGGCAGAAGUGCAGUGACCGCCAGAAACCGGCAACGAAUGAAGAAAACGCGGCCCUUGGACAUCCGGUUGAUUAUCAUGACGCUCGUUAUGCUGGUCACGUGCGGGUUGUUGUUUUACCUGAUUCAGCAGAAACAAGCAAAACUGGACGAGAUGACCAAAAUGGUGGAAGAAAGCGGGAUCGCGCCGCCUGGCGGGCCAGAAUCGUCGACUGGCGCGGGGGCGGGAAGUAAAGCCGAGGACGGUGCUGGAGGUGGUGCAACGGCCGCCACGGGCGGAAAAAACGAAAACAUCCUCGCUGUGGGAGACAAUGUGCAAGUCGUGGAGGGGGAAACCAGUCCCGAGCCGGGCGCAAGUCCAGCGGACGGAGCAGCAGGUGAGUCUCGUUUGUAUCUAUCAUGUUUUUGUGUUGUUUUGGACUACUUAUUCUAGCUUUACCGCAUCCGCAUGUAGAAGUAGAAGAUCAUUGAAACUUGGAAUUCCAUGAUAUGUAGUUUAGUUAGUUACUGAUUCAUUAAAACAAAAACUGCAAAAAAGGUGAUGCUGCCGCUCCGGCCACUGAUGCUGCAGCAGAACCGCCAGCCGCCGAGCCCGGAGCGCCGGCAGAAGCAACGGCCGCAGGUUGAUGAGCGGGAGGAGAAUAGAUGUACAGGCCGCGAAACAAAAGACACAACCAGAAGCUCUGUAGUUUGGGGUGCAGCCAGUUUAACGUUCUUUCGCCUGGCGGGGGCGAUGAGCAUGUUCAUACAGCGCAGAUGAGUAUUGAUUUUUGGAGAUCCAGUAGUUGGAAUCCGAAAACAAGCGGGGGCUUCGCUUUACUUUAUCAAGUGAUGCGGAUGUCGAGGACGGACCACGCGCAUUUCUCUGAUCGAGUUGUAGCAGCACUCUCUGCUCUCUCCUUUCACAGCAGUUUCAGUUGUGCGUACGUUUCUGACUGUUUCCCAGAAAAUGAAAAUAUCAAGGAGAAACAAAACAGUCCUCCGAGUAAAUGGAAUCCAGAGCUGCAGCUUAU